AUACAGGGCUUCACACGUGAAAAGGCAGUGGUACUCGUCACCAACCGCCGGGGAAUUCACAAUUGCACAAACGUUCCACUCUUGGGAUAUCAGACCAGCGUCCGGUUUCAACUGGUUCAGGCAUCAAAGACUCUGAUCUCAAAGCAGCGACAUCAUGGACGGCAAAGUAAACGGCAACUCCACCAUGGCCACUGGGUCUCCAAAUUCCCACAUGUUCCACAUCGCCGACUAUGCCAUGUUCGGGGCUACGCUACUGAUUUCUUUGGGUAUUGGCAUUUUCCAAGCAUUCCGAGACAGAAAGAAACAGUCAAUGUCCGAAUAUCUCGUGGCUGGCCGUAAAAUGGCCAUCAUUCCUGUCGCUGUGUCGUUGCUGGUGUCGUUCGAGUCCUCCAUCUUGAUGCUCGGCAUGCCGGCGGAGGCUUAUGUCUAUGGCAUCCAGUACCUCAUUGGCACCCUAGGGUUCAGUCUUGCCAUCCUCCUGGCUGUGUAUAUGGUAGUGCCAGUCAUUCACCCGCUCAAACUGACCAGCGCCUAUGAGUAUCUGGAACUGAGAUUCAAGUCAAGACUGGUGCGGACGGUGGGAUCUGUACUGGGAAUUAUCAGCUAUGUGUGGUAUAUGGGUGUUGUGCUGUUCGGCCCAGCUCUUGCUCUUGAGGCAGUCACCGGCUUCUCACAGUGGAGCUCCAUCUUCAUGGUUGCCGCUGCUGCCGUCAUAUAUACCUCCAUCGGCGGGCUGAAGGCGGUCAUCUGGACAGAUGUCUUCCAAGCAGUGAUCAUGUUCACCGGAGUCGUCGCCAUUCUCAUCAAGGGCACUGUCCAAGUAGGCGGACCAAGUGAAGUGUGGAGGCGGGCAAACAAUGGUGGAAGAAACAACCUGUUUAAAUUUGACCUGGACCCGACAGUAAGACACACCUUUUGGAAUUUGUUUAUAGGCGAGUUUUUACACGGCCUCGCUCUGAUCUUUAACCAGUCCAGUGUCCAGAGGAUUUCCUCAACGAACUCCCUCAAGGCAGCAAAGACGGUCAUGUAUCUUGUGGGCCCUGGAUUCCUCAUAACCUACACACUGGCAGUCAUGGAGGGCGUGGUCGCAUACAGUUACUAUGACUACCAUCAGUGCGAUCCUCUGGUUUCCAAGCAGAUUUCAAACCCAAACCAGGUAAUUCCCUUCAUGGUGAUGGACAUAUUCCGAGGUUUUCCAGGAAUACCUGGUCUGUUUCUGGCAGCGCUCUUCAGUGCUUCUCUCAGCACCAUAUCUUCUGGACUAUCCAGUCUGUCUGCUCUGACGUGGAAGGACUUCGUUCAGCCCAUCUAUCCAGAGUUACCGCAACAUAAAGCCAUCCUCAUUGCAAAAUUUUCAGUGGUCGGAUACGGGGUAUUGGCGUGCUGCGUUUCCUUGCUGGCGGCGCGUGUUGGUGGACCUCUAACACAAAUCGGAACGAGUCUUUUGUCGGCGUCCAGCGGACCCUUAGCUGGCGUCUUCAUCGUCGGCUCCCUCACCUCCAUCGCCAAUAAAAAGGGAGUCAUAACUGGUGCUCUGGUCAGUUUUGUCCUGGUGUCAUGGAUCAGUAUAGGGGCCAAUUUCUCCCCGACGCGACGGACAGCGCCCAAGCUACCCCCCGCCUCCACUGAGAGCUGCCCUGCCUACCUCAACUCGUCUCUUGUCUACAACACCACCGCCAACAUGUACACCCUACAGCACAACGUUACGACGGCGUCGAUUGAGGUGGCGUCACCGGAACCCGUUGGAGUUGAGAAGAUGUACAUGUUGUCGUACAUGUGGUUCUACACCAUCGCCGUCUUAGUCGUCGUUGUCAUCGCUCUGCCAGUCAGCUACUUCACAGCUAAAAAAGAAGAGAAGCCAGACCCAAAGUACGUCGUCCCAGUGUGGAGUAUUUUCUGCUGCUGUGUUCCAGCAUCACUGAGACGGAGGCUGGGCUGUGAACAGACUCCAGGGAACACACAUGACGUUGAGAAACAUUCUAGCGACGCUGAAUCGGGAACCAAUAGCCAGGAAAUAAAAAUCCCCCUCGUCGACGAUGGAGCUGAUGACGCACAUGAUGACGGGGACCAUCCACGCACUUCAAAGAAUUCCAAACAUGGUGGCUCCACAGAGAAUGAGAACUUUAUGUAAUGAAGAAACAAUUGUUUUUUAUUAUGUUUACUCGGAAGUGACUUGUACAGUAUUUUGUUUGAAAGUCACUAUUAUAUGACAGUUUGUUCAUGCGUGUUGGCACGAUGCCACAGAAAACAUGAUGGAGCUCUUUACCGCUUUGAUGAAUCCAACUAGAACCAAGUUUGCUGGUACAUAUUGAGACAUUGAUUCGCACCCACGGUCAUAGGUUCCAGGCAUGGCAAAGGGACGCAACUGCGGAUUACGGCGCGUUAGACAGCCCAUCCCCUAGUCAAAACAAUAUAAUAUGUUUUUGGCUAUGGUUUGUCAUUAUUUUAUCAGUUUAGUUUCCGCAUUCGGGAAAGCAAAUAAUUUAUUUUUCAUUGAACUGGUUUCAUCAUGUGCUCUCUUAAAACGCAGAGGGGCUCGCAACCAAGUUAUAUACUACCCUUCAAAAGUUUAGCCUCACUUAAAGCACACACCAUCUUUUAUGUAUAUUAUAUAUGGUUACAUCGAAAAUAAAAUUCUCAACAAACUUGGGGAAACCAACUGCAAACUUUAUGCUGAUGAAUUGCAGGAGGAUCAUGCAUCACAUAUUGCU